CACUCAUACUGUUUUGAUGGCUCACAACGGCUCCGGAGACUCGUCCUCCUCACAUGUCGAACCAAAUAUCUAUGAAAUAGAUCCCAGUCGUACGGCACGUCAAAUUUACGCUUUGGGAGAUGUUGAGAAGGACAUAUCCCGCCUGCUUUCACUGGCUGCUUCGUCCAUUUCCCUGUUGACUCUCCCGCAAACGGACGGACCGGACGACAAUCUAUCACAGGGUGACGAACGGUCAGAGCAGUUCGUGCUGGAAGUAAGCGAGUACUUCGAACGACUAGACGCUAUCCAAAUUGCCAUUCGCUCCUCUCUCGCCCAUAUUCGCCAAUCACGUAUUGCGCCUUCGGCGAUUGAUGCUCCUCCGCCUGGGUUUGUACCUUCUGUGACAGGCGCUGAUAUUCCUCCACCUACCAAUCCAGGAGAUGGGAAUUUAUCAAAUUCGACUACAGAAUCGUGUGGGUUACAAGAAGAGCGCAUAGAGAGAGACGCCUGGCGCGGAGCGUUGGAUGCGCUGACGCGAAUAAGGGAUCAGCGUUCAAAGGAGUUCAAAGAAAAUGAAGACAUGGCGGAUGCGACUGCUUUCACGGGUUGAACGAGAUUGAACGUUCGAACCAUGGAUGAUAGAAUUUUGCACAAGCUUACACUCGAUGCAUUCUACAUAUAUUGGAUAGCACGCUGCCUCUCAGGCGCUGACUGUCUCGAAAACCUCCUCUGCUUUCAUCAAUUCUUCGUCCUCUGCGAAUGCAGGGUCUUUCUUGGCCAAAACCUGGAAAGAAGAGACAUGAUACUCAAACCUCGAAUGGCAGAUGCAGGAGAUAUGGACAUACGAUGACGUCGCGCAAAUCCUCGACAGCCUUUCUCAGGCGUUGAUCCGUAUUUACGACCAUUUUCUUCGACUCUUCCACCAAUUUCGCCUGCACGUCGUCCCAUAUUAGCAUGGAUACUGGUUGUUCACUUGAAGCCAAGGCAGCACGCACCGCGUUCCUUACACCCCAGUCCUCUUCCCCCUCUGCCCUGAGCUUAUCGAGCUUGAUUUUGUUCUCUACUACCUCAUUCUCGUAAACUUCGUGUUCCUUGAAAACCCU